AUGGUAAAUCUUGAGCUACGUCGACAGGUCAUUAACGUCUACAAAGAGCUUCUGUUCUUGGGACGGGAAUACCCUCUGGGCUAUCAGUAUUUCCGGGAUCGUCUACACCGUGCAUUUGCAAGUCAGACUCAGAUUACCGACGAUGAGCAGAUCCGAAAGGGAAUAGCGAGGGCGGAGUUUGUGAAGAAAGAAGUGGAAGCACUGUAA